UCUCUGCCCAGUCCCGACUUUAUCAAGAAUAUUAUUAGUCCUCGCGUUAGCAUUGGUACUGAGGGACCUUUAAACGCCGCCUCUACCAGGUGGUUUUGCAUUCCAUGUCCCCAGAGUUUCAUGCCUUUAAAUGCCCUGAGUCACAACAGAAACAAGAAACAAGUCGCGGCCAGGUGGGUGGAGGCAGAUAGGGUGGAGCCCGUUAGUCUUGGGCAACCAAUUCUGCGCUUCUUAUUCCUCAGCGGCAAGGGUGAGAGCAUACUAGUGAUGCGCCUCUCUUACAUAUACUACAACAGUAUAUCGUUUUAUAUUCUUACCGACGACCUCGUAGCAAUCUACAAAGGUCGAGUUGUCCCCGACCGCCUGACUUUUUUGGACUUUUCUAUACUGCUCGCAAAUUCAACGAGCAUUAGCAGCGCGCCGAAGCAUACUGCUGGCCAAGCAGAUGUAUGUCUCCAUUUAUCCUGGUACACAUACUGGGGUGGAUGUGAGAACAAUCACGAGGAGAGAAGGAGAGUUGAACACUCAGAUGCC